UGACACUAAGCUCACUAUUUCUGUUUUGGUUUAAUUUGUGUAUAAUUCUUAAUUGAAAAAGUGUUGAUGCUUUUAAAUGAAACCCUUUGAAUAGUGAUCUUGAUAAACUAGUUUUUGUUUUGUGAAUUCAUGUUUGGUCUUCAACUGAAAAUGGACUUUGUGUUUGAGAGUAAAUGAGUUACAUGGACAAUUGGAAAGGAAAUCUCGAAUUUAAAUUAAUUUAUGAACAAGGUCAUUAGACAGAAGACAGUGCAUAACAAAGACAUAUGACAAUAUAUUGUUGGAGAUAGAAGUUGCGGACUAAACAAUCAGACUAAACAUUUAUAAAUACUGAUAUUGGAGAUUUGGAGGUUUCGUGUCAUCCGGGAUUGAAGCCAUGUCCACGGGCAAGGUGGCGGUGUAUGCUGUGCACGCAUUAGCGGCCUUGCUGUUGAUGCCCGGUUGCCAUGGUAUCUUUGAAGUGGCGGGGGAUUCCCUACAUGCUCACCUGUUCACGAACUACACGGCGGAACUGAUUCCCACGUGCAUCGCUGGCAACGUCAUCAACAUCACCUUAGACGUCGCAUUACGUCAGAUUGUCAAUUUGGAUGAAAAGGAACAAGUUCUCUCCACAAACGUGUGGCUGCGGAUGGACUGGAAGGAUCGUCGGCUCAGGUGGGACCCGGCCCUCUACAACAAUGUCAAGGUCGUCUAUGUAUCUUACAAGAGUGUAUGGGUGCCUGACCUCGUGAUUCACGACUUCUGCGUUAUCGUAGGUAAAUCACGUCUUCUUUGUGCGGAAGAGCAGAUGAUGCCGGGGAAAGAAGACUUCCGGGUCAAAGUUCGCGCUACCGGCGACGUGCAUUACAAGUUCCCAACGUUGCUGCGCAGCAUCUGUCGCGUUGACGUUACCAACUUCCCGUUUGACAGACAGACGUGCGAACUGAAGCUAGGUUCCUGGUCCUACAACACGGCCUACUUGGACUUCUACCAGCGUCCACAAGACCAACGGAUGGGAAUCCUGGAGUAUUUCGCCAAAAACAACGCCUGGAUCGUCGAACAUGUGGUGUCCAAGCGUUACGUUCAGGAGUUCGAUGACGGAAAUUUUUCUGACAUCACGUAUACCAUCUACUUGAAGCGACGUCACAACUUCUACGUCAUCACAAUCAUGUUCCCGAGCAUACUUGUGAGCAUCGUCGCCGCUGUCGGUUUUCUACUACCCCCAGAGAGCGGGGAGAAGGUCUCCCUGGAGGUGACCGUUCUCCUGUCACAGGCUGUCUUCUUGCUCCUCAUAUCUGACUUCCUGCCGCCCAGCUCCGACAAUAUGCCUAUUCUGGGCCUGUAUUUCGCCGCCUGCAUGAUCCUCGUGAGCUUAUCUCUCGCACUUGCCAUCCUCGUGCUCAACGUGCAUCACCGUGGUGACGUUGCCGGCAUCCCACUUCCGGUCUGGCUUCGCGCCCUUCUCCUCCGCACUUGCCCGCCGCGCAGGCACAGGAGAGACACACAGGAGAUACUUCCGGACAUAAACUUUUGCACAGCUUCGACCAUGGAUAUAUCAACAAUUGACUCGGAACUGAAACCACGUGACAACAACUCAAACAGGUGCUCGCAAACAAUCACUCUCGGAAUACCUCGGUGCUUUUCGUCGGCUGACAUUAAACAAGAUUUGCAUGAUGAUCGGAUGCUUGUUAUGCUAAGAGAACAACUAAAAGCUCUUCACGGAAUACAAAAACACCUGGCUGAUAUCAAUACUGCGGAUAUCGAGUCGAGAAAUGACAUCAAUCCCGGAAAUGACGUCAGCGAUGAUGUCAACACUGAUGACAAAGUUCAUUGGCGUCGCUUAGCCCGCGUUCUUGACCGGAUAUUUCUAGGAUUUUAUUUGGUUUGUUUCGCCAUAGUCACCCUGAUUUUUAUUGUGCAACUUUGUCACCCGCCUGAAAAUGAAUUCAAACCAAACACGUUUUAAUGUUUAUAGACAGAAUUGACCUAUUUUGUCGUUAUCUAUGUCUGGGGAUGCGCGGUGUCUCCGAAAUGUACAAAAGCAUGACUUGUAACUGAUGGUACAGAUGUAGUAUUAUGUGUGUGUUUGUGUGAAUGUGUGUGUAUAGGCAAA